CAUUUGUUUGCGUAUACAGUAUUAGACUAUUGAAGUCAGCUGUCAAACACCUCGGAACCAACAGUUUGCCUGCCGUCAGAUACCCAGUCAACGUGCUCAAGGCCCAGGCUAUUAUCUUUUGGUUGGAAUUUGAAUCUACAAGGCGUACUUUGCAUUGCGACAUCUGCAACUUCGACUAUUGGCUAGGGAGUUGGCAAGUGAACAACGACAAGCUAACAUGGCCAAAUCGGGGGAGCAAAGCUUGCUUGAGCUUGACCCAAAGCAAGCACGAAAGGCCAAGAUCUCCUGGAACUCUGGACUUUGCGACCUAUGCGACGUCCCCGGCACCUGCUGCUUCGGCUUGCUGUGUCUGCCGUGCCUCUUCGGCAGGAAUUACGGCCGAUUUCACAAUAUGGGUUGCUGGGGCCCCUGCUGCCUAUACUUCUGGUGCCCCUGCCUGGCCUGCUACUUCGCGACUGAUUUGCGACGCAACAUACGCGAAAAGUACAACCUACGCCCCGAGCCCUGCAACGACUUCAUGGUGCACUGCCUCUGCUCACCGUGUGCGUUGUGCCAGGAGAGCGCUGGGGGUUCUAAGCAUGCUCCAGGCACUUCUGAGCCACCUCCGCAAGUCGACAGCGGCCGGCUUCAAGAGUUGCAGCUUGCGCUGGGAGCUCUAGAAGGCGAUGGUUUCGAAGCGCGCGCAGCCCACCUGGCCUCUACGGUCCAGGAGCACCUAGGGCCAGCUGCUAUUGUCAGAUGCUUCAUCUUGUUCAGCUCGCGACCAGCUUUGGACAGGGCCUUGCAUGGGCGCGGCUCAGGCCGUCAGUCGUACUCGAUUCUGUCCUCCGCUGUUUCUUUGAGCGCUGACCGCAGCGAUACGCCACUUCUGCUUCUGGAACAAGCGAUGAGCAGCAAGGCGCCCUCCGGCGCCCUUUCACUGCUCCCCCGGGACUGCGCUGCGGAGCUGGCCUUCGGCCAGGUCUAUGGCGCCAGCCCGACGGUUUUCGCCGCGUUGCCGCUGACGUACGGCAAGCGCGUCCUGGGGGCCCUGUGGAUGGCGGUGCCUCAUCAUGCGCCGUCCUUCCCCACCGCCGCCGCUGAAACCGCCAAGGGUGUGGCCCAAUCUGCCAUCGGAAACAAGGAAGGCGGCAGUAGCCAUAACUACCGGGCAAAUGGCAGUAGCACUCUGUUAUUGGCCAACGGCCCCGCAUUGGAACAGCUCGCCAUGUCGGCUUCCAUGGCGCUGGCGCUGGCGGCGUCAGGCGACGUGGAGUACGUGUCCUGGCUGUCCGGCUGCGUUCGCCGACUUGCCUCUUGUACGACAUUGCACGCGCUCGUCGCGGGCGUCUGCAGCGCGCUGUCCAAACAUGUACGACAACGCUUCCAUGCAGACGUGAUGGUCCAGUCGGCGCUGGUUCCGGAGCCAUAUUCGACGUUGGCAUUCAUGCUGUGCCCCGAAACCAAGCCUGCGGUGCACAGCAGCGGCGGCCCGCAUGGGCUGGGGCUGUGGCUCGGCGGCCAAGGGCUGGUGUUUCCCAAGCCAAGCGCCAUCCCGAGCGGUGGUCGGGAUCCUGCUAAUGAGCUCUGUCGGGAUGGGUCAUCCGGGCUGGCGCAACGGCCAAAGUACGGUUGGGAAUCGGUUGUGAAUCGGUUGAGUGUCGUCAUGACCAAGUCCAGCCACAAGCCGGUUCGCCGAGUCUCCUCGCAAGCCACGCUACAGCCUUCCGAAGGUUGUACGACAACUGCUUCGGACAAACAACCAUCAGCAACGGCCACUAUGGCCCACGUAGCUGGAUCACCCCGGGCAACGGCUGCGGACUGCACCGCAGCCGGCUUUGCUUCCCGCGGCGGGGCCCUCGGCCGCUGCUCCUCUGUGAGCCCUACAUCCACCGUGUCAGCCCCCGUGCUGUGUAUGAGCGCCAAGGCCUUCCAGCUCUCGCACACGCUGCUGUCCCGCCUGGUUUGUAACGCCCGCGCGCAGUCGCCGCUGGUGCAGGUUCCCAGGGGCAUUGUCGUGGCGGAUACGGCACGCCACGUUGCAGAUGUACGGCAGCCCUCCCGCGACGUGUGCAUGUUGAUUGGCGCCAAGGGCAGCAUGGCGGCGGGGUCUAUGUGGCCGCAUGGUGGAGGCGGCGGUGGCGGCGCGGGGAGCCUCGGAAACGGCUUCGCGGACCAUUCCGGCAGUCGCAGCGGGCCGGGGUCCCUCCUGUUGUUGGCUAUGGAGGUUGCGGAUGGCGGCUGCAUGUUGGGCCUUUACGUGGCCUUUCCCAACCUGAUGCCGAUGCCGCUGCUGACGGCGGCCCGGGACAGCUGCGAGCAGUUGGUACGGCAGAUGCUUGUAGCCCUGGUCCGCCACAAGCUGCAGACCCCCGAGCUUGCUCCCGAACUAGACACCCUUCGUGCCGGUGUACCCGGCUCCUACAUCUCCAUCCGAGAGCACGUCGACCACCUGCAGCUGCCCCUCGCCUCCUUCACCCCGCUACGGCCGCCACCACCAGCCGCUACAGCCGUCGCCAUGGAGCGCCUGGGGCUACAGCCCUCAACCUACAGUCCACAAAACCCGCCGCCACCAUCCUCGCCCCCGCUGCCACCGCAUCUCGAACUGGACACCGGACAGCUACAGCUGGAAAGACGCAGCUUGGUGGCGGUGACCGAGCUGGGCGGUCCUCGCGCGGUGGAGGGUCUGGAGGAGCUGCACCUUGCCGAGGUCUUGGGGCACGGUGCCAGCGGUGUGGUGCUAAGCGGAAUGCUAGGCACGGUGCCUGUGGCGGUCAAGCUAAUGGAAAUGCUCGACGCCGAUUACGACGCUAUCUCCACGGAGGCGUUCGCGGUGUACGACAACGUCAUCAUGGCGCGAACCCCAGCUGCAGUUGACAGCUUCGUACUGCGGCGCCUAGACCCCCAGAACCCGGACACGGGCGGCUCACCCAUCUGUACGGCUAUCGUACAGGAGUUGUGCGAUUGCGGUUCCCUUGCCGAUGUGUUGGCGGACCGGAGCUUUCCCGCCCUGCUGCCCACCCUCAACAACAACAACCACAAUCACAAUCACCAUCGGGGGCUUGGGGGAGUUGUUGGCGGGAUGCGGGCGGGGGGAGGAGGAGGAGGGGGAGUGGGAGGGGUGGAGAGGUCGGCGGGGAGCCGCUGCGAAAUCGACAUGAAGGAUAAGAUGGUGCAAACCAAGGAGGAGGACUGCAGCAAAGCAGCAAGUCCGGGGGGAGAUGCGCGCAUAGACUCCUCUGUGGACAUUUACGCUCUGGGUAUCAUAUUUUGGGAGCUGGUGUGUGGUCGGGGCCACAGGCCAUUUAAGCACCUAGACCCCGGGGCCAUACCCGCAGCGGUCAGGGCGGGAAUGAGGCCGAUCUUCACAGCCGACGUGGCGGCGCCGUACAGGAAAAUGGCUCAGGCCUGUUGGGCCCAGGAACCGCACCGCCGUCCUCGCGCGGCUGAGGUGGUGUCCUUCAUCAAGGCGCAGCUUGCGGCGCUGGGAGUUACAGCUACACAGUGUCCGUACAAGUGCGGGGGAGACCCGCCAAAGUGGGGGAUCUAUGGACCGUUCAUAAAUGUCAAUGUUACGGUGUCGCAGCUGGCGCUGAAAAGGCCUCUCAAGAUGCUGAUGGAGCGCGUAUUUGUGGGCGAUAUGUGUGCCGUACUAUGUACGACAAUUACUAUACCCCUGUUGGAGCGACAGAUGCACACUUUGUUGAAUGCGUUUAGCAGGGACCAGACUCUCCACCGAAUGGGCAACAUGAGGUACAAAUUUCAAGAUACGCCGCUAACCGCCGGCAUCGAGGACUUUGUCCAGACCUUGAGCAACAGCAACAGUAACAGGAGCAGGGUUGCACAGAGGAGCACUUCCUCAACAAAAUCGCAUAGCAUGUACAUGAACCUCCUCACACAGUAG